UCAUAAUUUCUUUUUAAGUUAUUUAAGAUAGAAGAGCCAAUGGCGAUGAAGAAUACAUCACAUGUUCUUUUGCUAAGUCUUCUGCUUUGCCUGAUGUUUGUGAUUGGUCUUGUAGAAGCUAGUAUACCAGAUGACGAUAUGGGUCCAGCAAUAUAUACUCCACCAUCAGGAUCAUGUGGAGCUCCUAUUUCCAAAUAUGAUUUCCAAGUACUAGCCAAGAGACCACCACCAUGUAGACGUCCUCGACUCGAAAACACAGAAGAUGUGACCCAUACUACACGACCUUGAAGUCUAAGAACAAUACUCGAACUAUAUGUAAUAUUUUCUUAAAGAUUUUUGAAGUGAUAUGUGGAGUGACUCUAAUCUAGGUCAUUACCUAUAUUUUCACUAUACUGAUUUAUUAGAUAUUGUUUAACGUUUUUAGAUAUAUUUUGACUGAACAAAAAUAAUUCUAAACUCAAUGUGUUACUUGCACCGAUUAAUUUACCUGGGUGAGAUUUUAAAGGAGAAUAUGGCAAAGUCCUAGGGUCGAAUCAUACCUGCAACUUCUUUGGAUACCAAGCAAAAAUUUUUUUUUUUUUUUUUUGAAAA